CUUUGACAAUUGAUGUUGGAAGUAACUUCAUCCAGAUCGAGUUGUAAGAUUAUUGGAAGAAUGUUUAUCAGUGGUCCAAGAAUGAUGCUUGGUAUAUUUCGGAGAACAUUGAACCUGGGUCAGUGGCGUGCAGGUGGCACUGUGGUGCUACGAGACAAUUUUCUCAGGCCUGUGCAUAUUCAAGCUGGAGAGAAGGCUGAACUGACCAGAGUAUUUACCCAGAAUGAUGUAUUAGCAUUUUCGGAAUUAACAGGCGAUACUAAUCCACUUCACCUGAGCACGGAUUAUGCCCAAACGCACAGGUUUGCAAAGCCAGUUGUGCAUGGUGCGUUGGUAGGUGGAUUGAUAUCUGCACUUCUGGCAACCAAAAUACCUGGCUGCAUUCUUCUGUCACAAGAACUGCGUUUCUUCACCCCCCUGCACACGGGGGAAGAGGUCCUGGCUACUGCAGAGAUCGUGAAAAUAAAGAUGUCCAUCGCCUGGAUCGCAGUGUCGUGUGUUAUCAAAGAAAAUAACACGGUCAUUUUGAAAGGCGAGGUCAGGGUUAUGCUGCCAGAAGAUAAAGGUCAAAAUGUGUAAUUAGACUGAAAUCUGUGAGUGUUUUGUCAACGUUUUGCUUUGAAUGAAUGCCAUCAUUGUAUAUUCUGUACAAGUUGUUAAGAACAUACGAUGCGAAAAUGGAGAAUUCAGGCACCUCGCACUUCACGUUGGGAUUACGUUCUUGAAAAGCAGCGUGUAAUUCAAAAACGUGUGGGCUCGUAUACGUGACUGCGCUGCCAGACGGAAAUUUGAGCGUGUUAUUCCGCAAAUACGAGCAUGUGAAUCAAGCUCUGGUAUUAAAUGGAUCAAGUGCAUUGUUUCAAAAUGCAUAGAUCAAUCAUGCGUAAAAUGCGAGGCGUCUGGAUAUUGAUUGGAUGUCUGACAUGAUAUGCCAGUAAUUAUAAGGACUUUCUCAAUGGUAUUUUAUUGUAUAAAAUAAUGGAGUCGGGGGAUAUGGGGAGAAGGCAGGAACGGGGUACUGAUUGGGGAUGAUCAGCCAUGACCACAUUGAAUGGCAGUGCUGGCUCGAAGAGCCAAAUGACCAUUGUCACGUGAACUGAGACACAGUGAAAUUCAUAUUUGUAUUUGCUACAUCUAUGACCAGUAUAUUAAAGAAAAUAGGGGUGAGGGGUCGCUCCCUCCGACUAGCAAUCAACUCCCUAUCAAAUUCUGCAGAAAAAAAGCAGCAAUAGGCUUUGGAAGGUAAUGCAUAAACUGGACACAUGAUGGCACUAAGGAUCAUUAAUGUUGGCUUACAUGAAUUAUAAAUGGAACGAAAUACAGCCUGGUGUGUUCAUAUGUUUGAACACAAACUA